GAAAUAGAAGGUGUUCUUCGAGAUGCUGAACGAACCGAAGUCAUUGUACAGGAAGAAAACGCCAAGGUCGCAUAUGAGCUCGACAGUGUUCAAAUUGACUUCGGCUCAGCACUAGAAGCAGGAGAUCUAGACAAAGCAGCUGCAUUCUUGGACCACUACAAGGUUGAUGAUGCAUAUUCUAUGUGGAACAAAGUUGCUCAAAUAGCUUUGGAGCAGAGCAAUUUUUUCGUCGCGCAGCGAUGUUUCGCGGCACUCAAUGACUAUCCUCGGGCUAGAGCUGCUUUUAGGCUCACUGAGAUGGCUGAGGUCACAGCGAAAGAGAUUGGUGGUGAUGGUACUCAACACUGGAAAGUCCGUGCCAGUGCUGCACAAUUAAUGCGAAAAUUUAAGGAAGCAGAGAAGAUUUACUUGGAGAAUAACGCCAUUGAGGAAGCAAUCGAGAUGUACCAGUUACUACAAAAAUGGGAUGAAGCGCUGGACAUAGCUAAAGCU